CCUGCAGAGCAACAUGUUACGCCGAAAACCCUCCAAUGCCUCGGAGAAAGAUCCAGCUCCGGUCCAGAAGAAGAAGCUCACCCUGCAAAGGUCCGGCAGCUUCAAGGACUUCAUGAAACCCAAACCAUCCUCUCCUGUAGUGGAAACUGAGCCUACCAUAGAUGAAUCGGCACAAGAGGGUACAGCCCAGGAGGAUUCUGGGAAGAGCAGUGGAAAACUAGGAAAAAAAUGGCGAAACGUCAUCUCACGAACGAUGACCCGAAAAACUUCCAAGAUGGUACAAAAAGUUCUCGCUGAAGAGAAUGACAGCGGGGAGGACGGUUCCAUGUCCCCCAUGUCUAACGACUGGAUCCCAGACCUGACUGCUGGGAACCGGACAUCUGUGUGUUCAACAGGAUCAGAAGAGACUUUACACAGCCCACUGUCCCGCCAGCUCUCCAGCUGUGGGGACAGGCAGAGUUUGGACAGCGGUUUCAGUCAGAGAGACAGUAUGAGACUGGAGGACAGUAAUUACACAGGCCCGUUCUGUGGACGAGCGCAAGUCCACACAGACUUUACACCCAGCCCGUAUGAUGUGGAUUCCCUCAAACUCCAGAAAGGGGACAUCAUUCAGAUUAUUGAGAAGCCUCCAGUGGGUACGUGGACGGGUAAACUGGGUAACAAAGUGGGUUCUUUCAAGUUCAUCUACGUCACCAUACUACCAGAUGAGGACACACCGCCAAAGAGGAAGAGGUGCCAGAGCCAAGCCAACCGCAAAUCACUCAAACCCAAAACUCUGGAGGAGGUUCUGGAGAGCAUUGGCCUAACAGAUCUUGGCCCUUUGUUGUCCAUGCAUGGUUUUCAGACUCUAGAGGACUUUGCUGGUCUGAAAGAAUCCCACCUUAACGAGCUAAACAUCACUGACCCUGAGCAACGGAGCAAGAUACUGACUGCCGCAGAACUGCUGCAUGACUCGGAGGGAGAGUGCGAGGACGAGGGAGAGGAGAAGGCUGAGGAAAGGGUGGAAGCGCCCAGAGACUCUGGUUGUUACGAGAGCACGGAAAACCUGGCCAACGGGCGCGACGAGCCUGACUCUGCACCUCAGAGUGAAAUGGAGAACAUUCCAGAAACAGAGACUGAAGUAAGUGCCACUCAGGAGCAACUUCAGAACCUUACUGUGGAGGAGGAAUCCUGAGAGCCCUGCAGGGAUGAGCUUCCGGACACCUCCCAGAAUACAGUCCUCUGGGACUCCUAUGAG